UUUCUGAUUCGAGACCUUAUUGCACUUGAACCCAGAAACGGUUGGCGUCAAAACCAGCAGAAUCAAAGUGUGGAGGCCCUGCAAUGGUUGGAGUUUGAAAAUUCCAAGAUUGGAGGUGGAAUUCAGGUAAGAUAUUUAAAUUGCAGUAAAAGUAUGCACUUAAGAAAAUUCAUGGGCAGUGUUUUACCGCAUUUUUCAGUUCGCGAGUUGUUUCAUACUGUGAAAUGGCAAAUGCACACUACAUAUCAAAAAUUACAAGGAAUUGUAUGGGAAAUAUGUGUAAAAAAAAAAAUUUAAAUGUUAAGUUGCAGUGUUUUACUGCAUUUUUUAGUUCGCGAAAUCAAUUGAACUGUGCAUUUGUGUAUGCACGCUGUAAAAAUUAUAAUCUGCGGACCGCGCAGAAAACAAUAACAAAUGUAUAUUUUUCUAUUUUUCAGCAUGUGCGAAACUCACUCGAUGGCGAAGCCCGUGUUUUAACCCCAGCUCAGUCCUACAAUGUGGAUGGUUAUCAUGCAGACAGCAAUACAGUGUACGAGUAUAACGGAUGCAUUUUUCACGGUUGUAAACGAUGUUUCCCCCUCAACCGUCAGAAGAAAAGACACUGCCAUCCA